AUAAAAAAAAGAUCAUCCGAUAACUACCUUAAACAUGGUUCAUUUUGCUUCAUUAGAGCAUAUAAGCAUAUUUGGGAAAAUGGUAAAGAAGAGUGGAAUGCUUAUGAGAUGAUGUGGAUUGUAUUUGUUUAUUCAAACACUUCCCAAUAUGCAAAUGCACGAGAAACAACAAAAUUGUCAAUUAAUCACCAUUUAGAAUCCAUGGUUGGAAAGAUGGAAAGCAAUGUGUUAAUAGUGAAUGAUGUCGAUCUAGAGAAAUUUUUUGAAAAAUAUCGUGAUGAAUUUGAAAAUGAAUUUGAUGAAAUUAUAGAUUUAAGACCCACCUCACAAUUAACAAAAACUAUCCCUGAAGCAAAAGUGAAUGUAGUUUUUAAUAAAUCAAGCCGUAUUUACGAUGGUACAGGAUUUAACUUAACAGCAU